AUGGAGUCUCAGAAGCCCGUCAUGCAGGUGCUGUGCCUUUUAUUUAUUGUUACAACCCUGCUUGAGGCUCCACCGCCCGCCCCACUACCAACCCCGCCACCAGCAACUCCCCCCGGCAACGACCCUAAUUUGCCCCCCCACCCCCCCCCCCCUCCCCCCCCCCCCCCCCCCCCCCCCCCCCCCCCCCCCCCCCCCCCCCCCCCCCCCCCCCCCCCCCCCCCCCCCCCCCCCCGCCCCCCCCCCCCCCCCCCCCCCCCCCCCCCCCCCCCCCCCCCCCCCCCCCCCCCCCCCCCCCCCCCACCCCCCCCCCCCCCCCCCCCCCCCCACCCCCCCCCUCCCCCCCCCCCCCCCCCCCCCCCCCCCACCCCCCCCCCCCCCCCCCCCCCCCCCCCCCCCCCCCCCCCCCCUCCCCCCCCCCCCCCCCCCCCCCCCCCCCCCCCCCCCCCCCCCCCCCCCCCCCCCCCCCCCCCCCCCCCCCCCCCCCCCCCACCCCCCCCCCCCCCCCCCCCCCCCCCCCCCCCCCCCCCCCCCCCCCCCCCCCCCCCCCCCCCCCCCCCCCCCCCCCCCCCCCCCCCCCCACCCCCCCCCCCCCCCCCCCCCCCCCCCCCCCCCCCCCCCCCCCCCCCCCCCCCCCCCCCCCCUCCCCCCCCCCCCCCCCCCCCCCCCCCCCCCCCCCCCCCCCCCCCCCCCCCCCCCCCCCCCCCCCCCCCCCCCCCCCCCCCCCCCCCCCCCCCCCCCGCCCCCCCCCCCCCCCCCCCCCCCCCCCCCCCCCCCCCCCCACCCCCCCCCCCCCCCCCCCCCCCACCCCCCCCCCCCCCCCCCCCCCCCCCACCCCCCCCCCCCCCCCCCCCCCCCCCCCCCCCCCCCCCCCCCCCCCCCCCCCCCCCCCCCCCCCCCCCCCCCCCCCCCCCACCCCCCCCCCCCCCCCCCCCCCCCCCCCCCCCCCCCCCCCCCCCACCCCCCCCCCCCCCCCCCCCCCCCCCCCCCCCCCCCCCCCCCCCCCCCCCCCCCCCCCCCCCCCCCCCACCCCCCCCCCCCCCCCCCCCCCCCCCCCCCCCCCCCCCCCCCCCCCCCCCCCCCCCCCCCCCCCCCCCCCCCCCCCCCCCCCCCCCCCCCCCCCCCCCCCCCCACCCCCCCCCCCCCCCCCCCCCCCCCCCCCCCCCCCCCCCCCCCCCCCCCCCCCCCCCCCCCCCCCCCCCACCCCCCCCCCCCCGCCCCCCCACCCCCCCCCCCCCCCCCCCCCCCCCCCCCCCCCCCCCCCCCCCCCCCCCCCCCCCCCCCCCCCCCCCCCCCCCCCCCCCCCCCCCCCCCCCCCCCCCCCCCCCCCCCCCCCCCCCCCCCCCCCCCCCCCCCCCCCCCCCCCCCCCCCCCCACCCCCCCCCCCCCCCCCCCCCACCCCCCCCCCCCCCCCCCCCCCCCCCCCCCCCCCCCCCCCCCCCCCCCCCCCCCCCCCCCCCCCCCCCCCCCCCCCCCCCCCCCCCCCCCCCCCCCCCCCCCCCCCCCCCCCCCCCCCCCCCCCCCCCCCCCCCCCCCCCCCCCCCCCCCCCCCCCCCCCCCCCCCCCCCCCCCCCCCCCCCCCCCCCCCCCCCCCCCCCCCCCUCCCCCCCCCCCCCCCCCCCCCCCCCCCCCGCUCUCGACUUCAUUUGCAAAUUGCUUGUUUGUGCAACAACGCUUGAAAUUUGUGCACGAAUAUUCUUAGUAUUAUUCCAAGUAAAGUUCUUAACUGGUAUGCAAGCAUGCAACAGCCAGCGCUCAGGCCACCAGACUCCAGCCUGCAGCCUAACCCGAGCAACGCCACCUUGGUCUGUGUCCUAUUCGGCCUCCGGUCAAGGAAUCCUGUACCAGCAAGACCCGUCAAGCAAGGGGCAAGGGAGCGCCUCUCCGCCUUGGCCUCUGGCAGGAUACAUCGCCGUCGGCAGGGGGUCGAUACCGUUGGACAAGGAACACCAACCGCGCCUCCGACCUGUGCUUUAUCGAGUCUUGGUGAACGUCGGUCGUGCUUGCAAAGGACCUUCAGAUCUGCAGGUCAUUCGGGAGACCCAGCGAGCAAGCAAGCAGGCGCGGGGGGACGGCGAGGCUGUAACACACGAGAGUGGAACUUGCUGA